AGUGACGGAUGCAUCUGCGGUAUAAAGGGUAGGCAAGAAAGAGAGAGAGAGAGGGGGGACGGCGGGAUGAACGGAUUAUACGACGAAUUUGUGCGCACCGUUUCAUUAACUGUUGACAAGUGGAGCCGUCAAUUGAGCGCCUCAUUCGGCACUAUCACUUAGGUAACUUUUGCAGGCGCGGAUUUAAGCGAGGCGUGUUGAGCUGCGUGUUGAGCUGCGAGGAGGAGGAAGAAGAUGUUGUCGUGAAACCCCAACUUCGACCUGGCCCCCGGCAGGCACUACGGAUGCGAUAAACAAUGUUGACGUGAGUCAAUGGCGCUCCGCGAGCAAGAGGACGUCGCAAGGGACGGGAUAAGACGAGGGUGAGAGGAGAGCGAAAGCAAGAUUACGGAACGAUGUUACUGCCUGCACGAGUAGAUAAGACGUGUUAAUCGUGGAGAACGCUGAUCCAAGAGCGAUGGAUGAUGAACAGCCGGCGAGGGAGGCCAAUAAGAUUUGUGGAGUCUGUGGUGACCGGGCACUUGGUUACAACUUCAAUGCUGUCUCUUGCGAGAGCUGCAAGGCCUUCUUCAGGAGAAACGCACUAAAGAACAAGGACUUUAAAUGCCCCUUCACGGAAAACUGUAACAUCACGACUAUAACCAGACGAUUUUGCCAAAAAUGUCGUUUGGACAAAUGUUUCAACAUUGGCAUGCGCAAGGAAUAUAUUAUGUCUGAGGAGGACAAGGUUCUAAAACGUAAGAAGAUCGAAAAGAACCGCGCAAAGAAACGAUCUCAGCUUGAUAAUGGCAAAACAUCGAAGACCAAAAAGGACUGUGUAGAUGACUGUACAUUUGAAGACACAUCAAUGUCGGUCAAUUCAAUCGCGUCAACAAUAUCAGAAACCUACUUUUGGGAGUCCGAUAGAAAAUACACAGACCUAGACAGUAAUAGGCAAAACGUCGAAAGUAUGAGCCCAGUGACAGCAGCGAGCGUUCCGAGUCCUUCAAGUCCACCAGAGAAUACGAAUAUUGCUGAAACAAAAACAUUGGACAUGCUAAAGGAGUCCGCACACGGUUUGAGGACUAAUCUUGCGAGGUAUGGCACUUAUCUAAUAUGUAAAGAACAGCAUAGAAGUGAAAUCAUUAAAUUGAUAUUGUCUGUUUACAGUCGCGCAAGAUUCGCCGAUCUUAAUGUGGCGCCUCAGAAUGUUGGGACGGACAAAAACUCUUCUUUGAAUUCAGGGAGAUACGAACAAAAUUCACUGCAAUUUAAUUCCGAGUUUGCAGAUGUUAAUCGUGAAUCAUCAAACUAUAGUUCUGUGUUUGAAGAAAAUGUGCCGAAUUAUUCUAAAUUUGAACAAACUCGCGAACAGAAUUCCUUCAUCGAUCACGUUUUACAAAACGAGAUAAGUCAGUCUAACUUGGGUUCGUCGUCGCAACUUACGAAAGAGGAAACAUCAAUAUGUCAAAAGCCGAAGGAAACAUGUUCAAGCGGAAGUAAUUUGAUCACAAAGUUUAAACAGAAUCCUAGUCUACUAACAAAGUUCGUCAGUAAUCCAAAUUUAGUUGCGAAAAUAUUUCAAGAUCAGAGAAUAAUAAUGAAGAUUAUCACGGAUCCUGAUAUGAUCACGUGCUUGGCAACGGAUCCGUAUAUCACGCAAUUCUUGGAGGAAAACAACGCAAUCGAUACGACAAACACUGGGCGUGGUGUCAAAACAAAAGCUCAAUCUAGAGAAGCUCCGGAAAAUAAUAGCGAUUCAAGUGAUUCUAGAUAUACGUCAAAAUCUAAAGGAAGCCAUGUGGAAAAUCCAAUCCUGACGGACUUGAUUACAAACCGUAACUCGGAAGAUUGCAAAGAUCAAAAUUUAGAACCUAAUACAAAUACAGACUGGAAUAAAAAUACAGCUGACGUUACCAGAGAUAUUCUUCAGGACGUUCAAAGGAUAGCAAUUGCUGCUAAUUCUAUAGAGUCCAUCUUAUGUGAAGCCAUCAAGUUAGAAUACUCAGCAUUUUCUAGUUUCGGUGGUAACCAAAGCAGCAGGGAAUUGAAUGACGCCGAGAGAGCGAAAUUGAAUGAGCUGAUAGUUGCUAACAAAGCAUUAUUAGCUCCGUUAGACGAUGAUAUAACAAAUUUAGUUGACGAGGACUGUAAAUUUAAAAGUAAUUUUGGACAAUCUGAUCCAAUGUUAUUAGACGUUAUAAAUUUAACGGCUAUAGCGAUUAGACGCUUGAUAAAGAUGUCUAAGAAGAUAAACGCCUUUAAGAAUAUGUGUCAAGAGGAUCAGUUGGCUCUGUUGAAAGGUGGCUGUACGGAAAUGAUGAUUUUAAGAUCGGCUAUUAAUUACGAUCCGGAUAAAGACAUGUGGAAGAUACCCCAUAGUCAAGAGAGCAUGUCAAGUAUCAAAGUUGAUGUUCUAAAAGAAGCAAAAGGAAAUUUAUAUGCGGAGCACGCAAGGUUUGUCAGAACAUUUGACCCUCGCUGGCGGGAUGAAAACAUCAUUUUGAUUUUAAGUGCAAUUGCUUUGUUUACUCCCGAUAGACCGAGAGUCGUACAUGGUGAUGUUAUUAAAUUGGAGCAGAAUUCGUAUUAUUAUCUCCUCAGACGGUAUCUCGAAAGUGUUUAUCCUGGUUGCGAAGCUAAAUCCACAUUCCUCAAGUUAAUACAGAAGAUUUCUGAACUUCAUAAACUGAACGAUGAGGUCGUAGGAGUUUACUUGAAUGUCAAUCCAUCCAGCGUAGAGCCACUGCUUAUAGAAAUAUUCGAUUUAAAACACUGAUUAUUACUUUGUAGAGUUUCUACUUUGUGUGUAUAAUGGGAAAAUUUAAUUAGUGCAUUCAAUUACAGCAUUUGUUGCAUAUUAUGUUUCUAGGGUUAUCCAUAAAUGAGGAAACUCUGCGAUGGCUAUAUCGCCGAUCUGAAUAUUUUUUAUAAAAAUGUGAUUAUAAUAAGUAACGUACACGCGGCCGCGAGUAAAAAUCGCCAGGAAUUAACUACAUUUAGAAUAUAGAUAUGAAUCCAAAUGGAUGUCAAUGUCUAUUAUAUAGUUUUUUAACUCUCAUCACAAGUGGAAUAACGAGUGUUUUAAGUUCACUUAAUCCGAAUAAAGUUGAUUAAGCUAGGACAGUAAGGUAGGAGUGCCGUAAUUAACAAUAACAAUAUUUUGCUUCGUAGCAAGCACAUGUUGUAUCAUUAAGUAUUGUGCGAAGUAUCUUGAACUCGAUAUCAUUCUCAAUGCGUACUGAGACUAAGUGUAUGCGUACAACGACAGCAUAAUAAUUCCUAAAUGGCUGUUUCGAUCAUGUUUUCGGGAAAUAGUUAAAUAUAUAUAUAUAUUUUUAAACAUAUGGAUCGUUAAAUUUUAAGUAAAUGAAUGUUAUUCAGUGCA